AGUGGGAGAGGUAUUCAUAGGGCGGUGGACCUCAGUGUUCCCGCAACUCGCGGUUCCGUGGAGCACUUCCGCUGGCCCACGCUGCUCUGCUCUGCUCCAUGGUGAGUGAGUGAGUAUGAGAGGGAGAGAGAGAGAGACACAUACAGUGCGAGCAGGACCAAAGGCCAGGCCAGUGAGUGAGUGAGUGAGUGAGUGAGAGUGAGAGUGAGUGAGGGAGUGAGUGUGGAGUUGGAGCAGUUGUUGUAGAUGGUAGUGUUGGGCAGCCCCGGCGCAACGCUUGCAGCGCAGCUCACUGCUCUGCAGCAGCAGCAGAAGAAUGAAGGAAUGCCGCAGCAGCAGCAGCUGAGGGGAACUCCGGACCCGAAUUCCUUCGUAGUGGUGGAGUGCAGGGUAGUGUAGUGUAGUGUAGUCUAGCUGCAGUGUGCGACGGUGCGUCACCGAAGGUGUUCAUCUUUCGUCUGGGUGGCUUUGCUUGCUUUCUUGCUUGCCUGCGUCACGUCACGAGCUGCAAUCGAUUUGGUGUUGUGUUGAGCUGAAUAAGUGAGCUCUUCAGCUGAACCGAGCUGAGCAGGGCACGGAAUGGGAGGACUUCUCGGCAACGCGAAGGUCGCCCGGAGGGGAGCUGGGCCAGGUUCCCCUCAAUGCGACAUUGCGAAUGUUCCCGUCUAUCAGUGUCGCGAUUAUUCUCGUGGAUAUCCACGCAACGUCGUCAGCCCAUUGCCAUGUCACAUGGGGCCGCCUCCCGGAGGCUAUCAUGAUCCUUACCAUUAUCCUCCCGCUCUUCCGAGCGCUAAUCAGGAUUUAGGCUACGGCGAGGAGGCCGAGAAUUGGAGUGAAAGCACGCUCAUUUACUUCGGCGUGGGGCUCGUCACCAUCGCCAUUCUAAGCAAGUUUAUUCAGGAUCUGCUCAGGUCUCCGCAGCCACGACCACCUCGAGCAACAUCACCGAAGAAAUCAACAAUAUUUUCAUCACCGGAUGAGCGGGUAGGAGCAGUGGGCGAAAAGGAACCGAUUCUGUCUAUGAAGGAUCUGUUUUAUGGCGAACCUGAGACGGUGGUGAUACUGAAAACAGACGACCGGAAGGUCAUCGAUAACAUCCAUCAGUAUAAGUAUUUCGGCCUGCCUCCGGAAGACAGUAAGGCCGCCAAACCUGCCGAGCCUGCCGCUGAAUCCAAGGGAAAAAAAAAGCAGAAGGAAGAGAAGAAAGACGAGAAGAAGGAGGAGCCGAAGAAGGAGGAACCGCCAAAGGAAGAGAAGAAGGAGGAGCCGGCCAAGCCGGCCGAGGAAGCUAAGCCAGCCGAGGAAGCUAAGCCGGCCGAGGAGGCCAAGCCCGCCGAGGAGAAGAAGGAGGAGCCUCCCAAAGAAGAGAAGAAGGAAGAAGCGCCGCCUGCCGAGGCCCCUAAGGAAGAGAAGAAGGAGGAUCCGCCCCCACCGCCCCGAGAAGUUAUCUUGAGAGUCCCAAUGUGCUGCACCGAAUGUGAGUUGACUGCGGCCGAGGCCCUCCGAGACAUGAAAGGAGUGGAGGAAGUGGAGUGCGAUUACCAUGAUGAGAAAGUCACCGUUAAAGUCACAGGAGAUAUUCAACCAUCUGAUCUGCUACUGAAAUGCAGAUCUCUUAAAUUGUUCAGGAAGUCCAGUUACUGGGACUCUAAAGUUUAAAUUGUUAACAGGAAAUUUUGCUUCACACUUAACUUUAACAGGAUUUAAUACGGUAAACCGAGGUAGAAACCCUACAGUAGGUGGUGAUGUUAGGACAUCGGAAAUAUCUCCAAAAUCGAUGUCACUCUUCCGAGCGAUAAAUUCAUAGACUUGUACACUUUAGAGAAGACGGAACACUGAUGUAAUGCAUCAAGUAGCUGUUUUUGCUUCGAUAGAACCAAAUAUACCCAUUGAUAUGUAAGCUUUGAAAUGCCGUCGAUGUAUAGUACUGUAGUUAGACCGGAUGGCCUUUUUAAUAUGCAGGCCCCCUUAAUUUGCAGUAGACGUAAUGAAUGUGCAGUAUGUACUUCAGAUGUUUUGAUUUCACCAAUAAUAUAGUCCCUUGACACCAUAUUUCAUCAAAUGCUAGCACAUCCUGGUCCGGGAUUUCUUUCAUGGUCCCGAUGAAGCCUCGGAUGUCAGGCAAGAGGAGGAUGAGCUGGCCUCCUCGGCAGUGGAUUGCAGAAUUGAAGGCUUUGUUGUCUAAGCCCGUUCGAGUUUUCUCUUCUGUGAUUCACGGAGUACACACCAAUUCUUGGGACAUCUCGGAGCUUAGAAGCCGGUGGAACUUCUACGAACUCCAUACCCUGUUGCUAUAGAAAUAUUGUCACGUAGAGCUACAUUGACAGGUGUUGACGUUCACUGACAACGUGACUGUUCUGUCAUACAUUGUAGAUGUGCUGAUGUGUAAUGCUUUGAAUGUAAUGUCUUUGAAUC